UAUCCUCGAUCAUCACGACACCAUCAUGCCAUUUGUAAGACGAAUCAAUGCCACCGAUCGAAAGGUCUACGCCACCCGAACGCUGCUCUUCCUCAACAAUGACAGCACCCUGAAACCCCUCGCUAUUGAGCUUAGCCUCCCCCAUCCAGGUGGCGAUACUUUUGGCGCCAUAAGCACUGUAUACACGCCCAUGACUUCCGGUGUUGAAGGCUCAAUUUGGUCGCUUGCCAAAGCCUAUGUCAUCAUCAAUGACUCCUGCGUUCAUCAGCUUAUUAGCCACUGGCUGCGCACUCACGCAGUGAUGGAACCCUUCGUGAUCGCCACAAACCGCCACCUGAGCGCGAUGCACCCCAUCAGUAAGCUCCUUUUGCCACACUACCGCGACACCAUGAACAUAAACGCUCUCGCUCGACAAAGCCUCAUCAAUGCCGGCGGCCUACUAGAGUUCAUCAUUUUUCCUUCCAAGUACACUAUGGAAAUGUCCUCCUCUGUUUACAAAAGCUGGAAUUUUGUCGAGCAGGGCCUUCCAUCCGAUCUCCUCAAGCGAGGAAUGGCGGUGGAAGACCCCUCUAAGCCGCACAAGCUUCGAUUACUGAUUGAGGAUUACCCUUAUGCGGUGGACGGGCUCGUCAUCUGGUCGGCGAUCGAGACUUGGGUGAGCGACUACUGCGCAAUCUACUACGAGGAGGACACGGCGGUGCAGUGCGACGAGGAGCUCCAUGCUUGGUGGAAGGAGGUCCGCGAGGUGGGGCAUGGUGAUAAGAAAGAUGAGCCGUGGUGGCCGAAGAUGAGGAGUGUGCCGGAGCUGGUCAAUACGCUCACCACUAUAAUAUGGGUUGCUUCCGCAAUGCACGCCGCGGUGAACUUCGGGCAGUACCCGUACGCCGGCUACGUGCCGAACCGGCCAACAUCGAGCCUCCAGUUAAUGCCGGAGGUGGGCACGGCGGAGUACGAGAAACUGAGGGAGAAACCGGAGAAGGUGUUUUUGAAGACGAUCGCGUGUCAGCUGCAGACCAUAAUUGGGAUUUCGCUGAUUGAAGUUCUGUCCACGCAUACGAGCGAUGAGGUGUAUUUGGGGCAGCGGGUGAGCGCUGAGUGGAGCGGAGAUGAUCGCGUGAUCGAUGCGUUGAACCGAUUUGGGGCGAAGUUGAAGGGGAUUGAGAGGAUGAUUGAGGAGAGGAAUGGUGAUCCCAGGCUGAAGAACCGCAACGGGCCUGUGAAAAUGGCUUACUCGCUGCUGUCUCCUUACAGUGAGGGUGGGAUCACGGCUAAGGGGAUCCCCAACAGUAUUUCGAUUUGAAUGUUUUCUCAAAACUUGGAACUUUGAAUUUGGUUAGUUUAUUUGGA